CACCGGAUCUUGGUCGAAGGGGGGCGGGGUUAUUGUUUGAAAAUUGCGGGUCAGCGGACUAACUGUUGGCUAAUGUAUCUGAUUUUAUAGAAUAAUCUGUUAAAUUAAUCUCGCAGGAUAAUGUCGGGUCAUUUAUUACGAAUCAAAGACAUCGACUACAACUCUCCUGCGAAGGUUUUUGCGAAACUGAAAGCUGAAGUUCAGAAGGAGGCGGAGAGCAAGAAUGAGCUGAUUUUUAACGCCAGAGAGCAACGCGGAGUUAGAGUUAAAACGGGAUAUAACCUGACAACAGGCGGUGUGUACAGGGCUGAUGGACCGAGACUAUACCAGAACCCAGCGGAGUUCUGCUGGGGCGAAGAGGUGAAGGAAAACAGCAGGUUUGCUUCUCAUCAAACUGAAGCGGAGGUGCUGACCCUGUCCCCCAUCCCCAGCCCUGAGAAAACCUUCGACUCUCCCGGCUAUGCACCUCUGCAGGAAGAGGUCCCACUCAAUGACACAGUGCGUGGAUUUACACGGAGAAACAGAGCCCACAUGGAGUCCACAGCUGUGUCCCAGCCCCUGUUUGGGGUCUACAGAGGUCAGAUCCACGCCGUGACCCCUCAGAUCACAGAUAGUUUCAGUAGGAUCCAGCCAACAGAGAGCUGCAGAAGGAGUAUUUUUAAAAAGAAAUCAGUUCCUCUGAAUCUCAGAUCUCCAAUCGGCGUGUAUUCCCCCAUGAAAAAGAGGCCGAGGAAGUGUAAACUCGAUCCAAACGACUCCGAGGAAGCCUUCAGGACCACCGAGGAGAGCAACGAAGAGUCAGGUCCACCACAAGCCAGGAGAAAGCCUGCUGUUAUUGGGGGCAGCACUCAGAACAACACUUGGAGACAGGAUCAGUUUAAUGUUAAAGGAUUUCCAUCUGAUCGACCAGAACCAAAGUUCCAAGAGUCGGAAUCCAAUGGACUCCAAAGUCCGGUGGUUGUACUGGAGAGAAUCCCCAUAAUGUCCCCAGCCAAGUUAUUCGCAUGGAUGAAGGAGAGGGAAGGGAACCUGAAGGAGUCCAGAGAUACUGAUGUCUCCACAAAUCAUUGUAUGGAGCACACUAAGGACAUUUCAUUAAUGUAUUCUCCAAAACAAGCGGUUCCUGUGAACCAGAACCGAGCCGAGUCGCCAGAGAACCAGUCAGACACCUCUGUGGCUGCUCUGAUCCCUCCGUCACCCCCACCAACCGUUUCACUGGAGGACGCGCUGGUGCUCAACACCCCACAUAUCUCCAUACCGAAGAAAGACAAGCCUGUGUUCAGACGCAAUGUUAUGCACAAGCAGAGGAAUUUCUCAUUCGAGAGUGUGAUUCAUCUGGGAAAAUGGUUCCUGAGAAGAAAUCGACAGGGUCUGUUUGUUGAUGGGAUACACAAAGACGAGAACAUACAGUGGAACAGUAACGUCAUCACUGAAAGGAUUUCCAGUUUUGUGCUGAGGACCGUCUCUGGCAGGGUGUACGUCUUACUCGGACGGAUGAACAUUAAACUCGCCAAUGAUUUUCCAAUGUGGUUUUUGAAGAAGUUUGAGAAUGGCUUCCCUUCAAACUGGAAGAAACUUUAUGAGACGUUUCUGUUGGAGUCAAAAGACAGGCAGGCAAAGAAGAACAAGAAAACGAUCAUCUCGGCUAAGAAUGAAUCAGAGCUCCCUUCCAGCAAUGAGUCUGUGAGGAAGCGGCGAAUAAGAUCUGCAAAAACACCUGAGUCGUACCCUCCUUCCUGCUCCUCCAUCAACGUGUCUCGGAGCGGUCGGGUGAUCAAGCCUCCUCUGGAGUAUUGGAAAGGAGGGAGAGUCAUCCUAGAUGCUCAUAUGAACGUUACCAUCUACAAGAGUUACGAGACCUCCAGCCCUGAUCUCUUAAAGGAUGCCUGUCAGAAGACGUCCAAGAAGCCGGUUCGUGUCUUCCUCCCCCACAGCAACAGUCUGAACCAACAAGAAUCAGAAAAAGACGAGUGGUGCUCGGUACCAGUGAGAAGGGUGAAGGCAAACCGGAAACUGGACAGAGCUGAGGUUAACCGGGACCAUAGGUCCACCGAUUCAUCCAUUGAGAUGAUUAGCAGCCCCAGCGAGGUAUCUGGUAAAACAAGGUCCAAACGACAGUGUCCUGGUGCAGAGAGAAGACUGCGAUCGAACGCUGUUCCUCUAAAACAAGAGAGGUCUUCAAGUCAGAGGUCAAAGAAACAAGGGCAGAACGCCAGCAGGCCUCUGAGAACAUCAGAGAGCGACAAAAAAUCCCCUGAAUCUUCUUUCAUUGAUGAUAAAACAUCGAAUCAUCUAUUAACCAGGAGACGAGGGAAAGCAGGGCGCGGUACAAAAGGUAUGGCAGUUUUUAGCAAAUCAGACCCAGGUCACAGGGUUUCACCCAACCGGUCCCCAGCAGCUGUAAAGAAGAACAGAAAAUGGCAGACAAAGAAAAGCAGAGCAGCAAGAAAGAGUGACGUGGUACGAGAGGACAAUAAAGAGAGCAAGCGCACCCAGUCAGCUCCACCAGCGAAGCCUUCAACCUGGGCGACGCACUCCGACAGGAAACACCUGCGAAACAAAGGCAGCGCCGCUGUUCCACACGAGAGAGACGGAGACGAGUGGACAGAGGACGAGAUCCUGAAACUGCAGGGGGCUGUGAGCCGCUAUCCCAAACACAUAGCAGGUUACUGGGCGAAUGUAGCGAGGACGGUGGGGACACGUUCGGCUGAAGAGUGCCACAAGCAGCACACGUGCCAGGGAACGACCCGGAGUCCCGCCAAAAGCGCCAAAGACCUCAAAAAGGAGACGGAGAAGGCAGUAAAACCUGCAGAACCUCCUGUGAUCUCUGCCCGAGUGGGGACGCUGAAGAGGAAGCAGCAGGUACGACAGUUCCUGAAGACUGUGCCCAAAGAAGAUGUCGACGAUGCUUUCAGCUCGGCGUACAUGCAGAACAAACGCAUUGAGAUCCCCUUCUUGGGUUCGACUGAAGACCACGAUUUUGCGAUGUCAGUCAUGGAGCCUCAGACCCCAAAAUCAUUGUGUUUCCCCGAAGCGAAGACACCUCAGUGUUUGCACAUAACCCCUGGAAUGAUUGGCUCUCCCAACACAAACAAUGACGACAAGUACGUCUACAAGCUACAGAAGAGGAUGAAAAAGAACCAGUUUAAUGUCUGCAAAACCUCAUCUUCUUUAAAGAAGUACACACCCACGUCAUCAGCUAAGCAAACUGUACGAAGAUGCGGUAACACAGAAAGUGAUACUUUUUUCUUACUGGAGAUGUUGCCUGAAAACAACGACAUGUUCGACAGCGACGAGGAAGAAGACUUUUACUUCUCAGACAACUGAUUUGGACUUAUGGAAGAAAUGUCCACUUGUUUAACAUUUUUAGGUGAACGUCUUUUCAGGAAACGUAGAGUGAAGGUGUUAGUUUGACCUUAUGUUUUUGAAUGCAGCGAGCUGGAUGUUUGAACACAUCUCUGUGGCUCGUUAUAGAUGUGAAAAGGACAAUCAGGGAAAGUAGUGAUGCUCCGGGCUUCAUGUGGGUGGCUGUAAAUAUAUUUUUGUCUUUAAAGGUCUCUCUCAAAGAUCUAGUGGUAUUGUUUUAAAUAAACUUCUUUUUCUUUUCUUCA